GCGGAGCGCGACGUAGGCGGGGCGGCAAGGGGGAGCCCCGGGACCACGAGGGCGCCGCGGAGGCGCACGGAUUCCCGGGGAGGACGGAGGGGCAAACCGUGGAAACGAGGGAGUCCCGAGAAGACACGAAGGGGCGAGACACCCCUAGGGACGGGAGACACAGGGACGCAGAGAGACCCCUAGGGACCGACCGCGGCGAGCGGGGAGGGGCCCAGGCAGCACGGGGCAGGAGGCGACAGACGGGGGCCCCUGAGGUGGGCCAGGGGACUGAGCCACGCCGCCCCGGGGAGGGCGGCGACAUCGGGGUCCAGGGAGGAGAGACAGACGGAGACGCGCAGCGAAGCACACGGCCGCAGAAGUUCUCGGACGCAGAGCGAGGACGAGACUGCUCUGCAGGACCGGAGACUGCAAGAGACAGAGGCGGACCAGAGGAUGAGGGGCAGCACAGGCUCUGAGAGGCAGGCGGCGUCAGGGACAGAGCGCCCCAAGCCUCCCUGAACCCUGGGCCUUCAGUACCAGGCAGAAAGUUUGUUGAUUGGCGCAGUGACGCGGACACGGGGACCGCGGUGAGGGCGGAGACGCCGGACUGGCUGGACCCUCCCAGCCACCUAGCGGGUAAGGACGACAGGAGAGAGGAAGGCUCGGAGGUGUCCCCGCCCCGCAGCCACGCCCCGAGUGGGUGUGUGCACGUGCGGGGGGGGGGGGUAAGCGAAACCCCGCCCCGCGGUCGUCUUGGCGACGCCAGCCCCAGCCGGGGCUCCCACAUUUGAGCAGGUGCCGAGCCAGCGCCCGCCGCCCGCCCUCGCCUCCGGCCGCCCGCGAUCCUGGGCCAUGGCCGGCCUGGGCCCCGGCGGAGGCGACUCCGAGGGGGGACCCCGACCUCUGUUUUGCAGAAAGGGGGCUCUGAGGCAGAAGGUGGUCCACGAAGUCAAGAGCCACAAGUUCACCGCUCGCUUCUUCAAGCAGCCCACCUUCUGCAGCCACUGCACCGACUUCAUCUGGGGUAUUGGAAAACAGGGCCUGCAGUGUCAAGUCUGCAGCUUUGUGGUUCAUCGGCGAUGCCACGAAUUCGUGACCUUCGAGUGUCCAGGUGCUGGGAAGGGCCCCCAGACGGACGACCCCCGGAACAAGCACAAGUUCCGCCUGCACAGUUACAGCAGCCCCACCUUCUGCGACCACUGCGGCUCGCUGCUGUACGGCCUGGUGCACCAGGGCAUGAAGUGCUCCUGCUGCGAGAUGAACGUGCACCGGCGCUGUGUGCGCAGCGUGCCCUCGCUGUGCGGUGUGGACCACACCGAGCGCCGUGGCCGCCUGCAGCUGGAGAUCCGGGCCCCGACCAACGAGGAGAUCCACGUCACCGUCGGCGAGGCCCGAAACCUCAUUCCCAUGGACCCCAACGGCCUGUCUGAUCCCUACGUCAAACUGAAGCUCAUCCCAGACCCGCGCAACCUGACCAAACAGAAGACUCGGACGGUGAAAGCCACGCUGAACCCCGUGUGGAACGAGACCUUCGUGUUCAACCUGAAGCCGGGGGACGUGGAGCGCAGGCUCAGCGUGGAGGUGUGGGACUGGGACCGGACUUCGCGCAACGACUUCAUGGGGGCCAUGUCCUUCGGGGUCUCGGAGCUGCUCAAGGCGCCCGUGGAUGGCUGGUACAAGUUACUGAACCAGGAGGAGGGUGAAUAUUACAAUGUGCCGGUGGCAGAUGCUGACAACUGCAGCCUCCUCCAGAAGUUUGAGGCCUGCAACUACCCCUUGGAAUUGUAUGAGCGAGUUCGGAUGGGCCCCACAUCCUCCCCGAUCCCCUCCCCAUCCCCCAGCCCCACCGACUCCAAGCGCUGCUUCUUCGGGGCCAGCCCAGGACGCCUGCACAUCUCCGACUUCAGCUUCCUCAUGGUUCUAGGAAAAGGCAGUUUCGGGAAGGUGAUGCUGGCGGAGCGCAGAGGCUCGGACGAGCUCUACGCCAUCAAGAUCCUGAAAAAGGACGUGAUCGUCCAGGACGACGACGUGGACUGCACCCUGGUGGAGAAACGCGUGCUGGCUCUGGGGGGCCGAGGUCCAGGCGGACGGCCCCACUUCCUCACCCAGCUGCACUCCACCUUCCAGACUCCGGACCGCCUGUAUUUCGUGAUGGAGUAUGUCACCGGGGGCGACCUGAUGUACCACAUUCAGCAGCUGGGCAAGUUCAAGGAGCCCCACGCAGCGUUCUAUGCCGCAGAGAUCGCCAUCGGCCUCUUCUUCCUUCACAACCAGGGCAUCAUCUACAGGGACCUGAAGCUGGACAACGUGAUGCUGGAUGCCGAGGGGCACAUCAAGAUCACUGACUUCGGCAUGUGCAAGGAAAACGUGUUCCCGGGGACCACAACGCGGACCUUCUGUGGGACCCCGGACUACAUAGCCCCCGAGAUCAUUGCCUACCAGCCCUAUGGGAAGUCCGUCGAUUGGUGGUCCUUCGGGGUGCUGCUCUACGAAAUGUUGGCAGGGCAGCCGCCCUUUGACGGGGAGGAUGAGGAGGAGCUGUUUCAGGCCAUCAUGGAGCAGACAGUCACCUAUCCCAAGUCACUUUCCCGGGAAGCUGUGGCCAUCUGCAAGGGGUUCUUGACCAAACACCCAGCAAAGCGCCUGGGCUCCGGGCCCGACGGGGAACCCACAAUCCGGGCGCACGGCUUUUUCCGCUGGAUCGACUGGGACCGGCUGGAGCGGCUGGAGAUCGCGCCUCCGUUCAGACCUCGCCCGUGUGGCCGCAGCGGUGAGAACUUCGACAAGUUCUUCACACGGGCGGCGCCAGCUCUGACCCCGCCAGACCGCCUGGUCCUGGCCAGCAUCGACCAGGCGGAUUUCCAGGGCUUCACCUACGUGAACCCCGACUUUGUACACCCAGACGCGCGCAGCCCCACCAGCCCCGUGCCCGUGCCCGUCAUGUGAUGCCCUCUGCGGCCGCUAGGUGUCCCCCCUGUGCCCUCCGAGCUAGAUCCCGCCCCGCCGCGCUCGGGCCUGGUCCUUAGACCCGGGUUCUAGACCACCCCCCCCAUCACCUGGCCUCCUAAAUCCAUCCGGGCUCCCCCGAGCCUUCCAGCGUUCUAGAUCUGGCUGUGGUGAGCCCCGGAUUCACCGCCCGCCGGCCCCGAGGGGCUCUGGGCUCCGUCCGCAGUUCCCUCUCCUUUCUCCCACCUGCCCUGGGGAAGGGGACUCAGGGGUCCCCGCUCCCCGCCCCCCACCCUCCGCGCCCCGCCCACCUCUGCUCCCGGUGCGGAGUGAGCGGGAGGCCGUGCCCGCUCCCCCGGCUCCAGGGGUGCCGGAAGGGGCCUUCGCCCGCCCACGUUCUCAGCCGGCUUUUCUUCUAGACUCUCCCACGGACCCACCAGGCACCCACACCCCGCCCGCGCAUGGCUCCAGCCUCUCCGGAAACCUGGGACCCCCCCCCUUCCCCGGGGCCUGCCGGCUCUGGAGGCUCCUCCGCCUGCCCCUUAGCCUCUCUCACCCGGCCACAGCUGCCGAGAAUAAACUUGGGAUGCUGACGCUGAA